CGCGGCCGAGGUAGGGCUUGACAGACAUCGAAGACCAGGCUAUUGUCCACGCAGAGAAGAGAUACUCUACGCGUGUGGUCUUCUUGAGGGCUUGGUUGGCUUCAAGAGGGAAAACAGCAAGAAGCGUGGUGUUGGUAGUGGUCGGUGGCUCGGAGAGAGAGUGGAAGAGCAAGGCUACGACCGAGCGACCGAGUACGGGUGCUGGCGAUCAGAGGUUGUGAGCUGGUGUGUGGAAUAUAGAGAGCGACAGUUAGUUCAAGAUGGCUGAUGUGGUGGCACGAUCAGAGGCGCUGCUGCGGGAUCCGGCCGAGGCGUGGAGGGAGCUGUGGCGGGUGGUGUCGGGUGCGCUCAACGGGGUGCAGCAGGUUGUGAUUGUCGACGGCGAUCAGCAGACCUUUGUGCUCGACGAGAUUGUGGAGAGCAGUGGACGAGUGGGCAACAAGUAUCAGAUGGCCGGUACGGUUCUGGUGGUGUGCAUCAUGCGUGGGCAUCUCAACAAGCCCGACAUGGAGGAGGCGAUGCGGCUGGCAGAGGCCUCGCCGUGGAUGUGGAUUGUGCCGACGCUGGGACGGACCAAGGACGCGGCUGAUGUGGAGGUCUCAUGCCAAGCGGUGCAUCUGCACUAUCAGCUGCCACUGGAGGUCACCUUUGUGGUUGCCUCGCAGGACGGGUUCGCCUCGGAGCUCGUGGCGCAUCUCCGGACGCUGGGGCGCGAGGUCGAGCUCGUUCUCGAGUGGACCCAAGCGCUGCUGCAGCAGCCUGUGCCCAAGCCUGGGCCAAGCCGCAAGAAAGGCAGGGUUGACGCCUCGGUGCUCUCUGCGCGGCACAUUGUCAAACUGGUGAGCGAGGUGGGGUGCGACGGGGUGGCAUCAGUGGUAGCCAUGGGUUCCGGGCUCAAGCAGUGGUGCCCGGAGGGCUACACAUCCAAGAUGUUCCGGCGGCUGCUGAAGGAUGCGCUUGAGCUGGGGUGGGUGCAGCGGACAAGCAGCGGAAGCGAAGCGUACUUUGUGAGCUCGGACGGGAUGAGCCAGCUCGAAUCUGCGACCACUGAGGCGCAGAGGCGGGACCACAUCAAACUGGUGGCUGAGUUGAUGGAGCGCGAGGCCGACGCGUCGGGCGUGGUCUUGCUUGCGCGGCUGGGCGAGUGCGUCAAGGAACGGAUGUCGCAGGACUUGCCGGGCGCCGUCUACUCGAAAGCGUAUUUUCGGCUCAUGCUCACCGACGUGCUGGCAACGGGCGAGUACUGGCAGAUCGGCGAGGGUGCCCGAGUCGGGCUCUCGACCUCGAAGUACGCCGUUGAUCAGCAGUCAAGACCGAGCCUGUUGUACGCCCCGUCUUCCUCGCCGUGGAUGAUGAACGCCGGCGAGCGGCCAUCGACGCCGAGGAUGGAGCGGGUUCAGGUCAACGUCAUCGCGCGUUCGCCGCGCGAGGCGCGGCAGGCACCGACGCUGGAGGCUAUCAUCAGCUAUCUCGAGCGUGGUGGGUAUACUACGCCGGCCACCGCCGUCGAAAUUGCCUCGCUCGGCCAGCUGCCGGUGUGGAAGGAGCGCGACCGCGGCGCAGGCUUUGGCAAGAUGGCACGGUUUCUCACUGCCGCGAUGGCCAAGAACGCAGGCGUUGUUGUCGACGACACUGAGAUGGUAUAUCUGAAGAUGGAGCAAGGUGCGUCUGGCCGCGAGUCGCCGCUCCGCACUCCGGGCACGCCGUACUCGACCGACUCAGGCGGGUCAAGCCCAUGGAACUCGCGCCAGUGACGGCGAACAGGUGGGAGGAGAGCUCAUUAGACGAAGCAGCAAUACUGCAAGCUGGUUGCUGACCGGGUGGUCAAUGCAGCCGGAUAACGGUCAGCUUGCAGUGUUGCCGCUACGUCUGGUAGUCGAUCGCAGUUUGCUGGCGAUGGACAUUGAUGAUCUUGUAGCGAUGCUGGUGAACGGCCCAGGAUGACUGAGAGCAGAAGUGUUUUCUUGGAGGCGAUGGAGGACGGCUUCCAUCGAACAACGCUGUUGCCGUCAAAAAGCCGACCGUGGCGGGCAGAGGUAAAGGUGGUAGACAAG